UUUUGGAACAAGUUCCAGAAAAGAAGCCGCGGCUCGGGGUCCGAGAGCCACCAGCCUGCGCACGUUCCGGGCAGCACCGGGCGCGACUCGACGUUGCCGCUGUUGGCUUCCUCUGCCCUCGUUCUUCCCAGAGAACCGCCUAGAUCUCCGCCAUGACAUCCACCUCGCCCAACCUCCAGAAAGCAAUAGAUCUUGCUGGCAAAGCAGCCCAGGAAGACAAAGCCGGGAACUAUGAGGAAGCGCUUCAACUCUACCAACAUGCCGUUCAGUAUUUUCUUCAUGUAGUUAAAUAUGAAGCUCAGGGUGAUAAAGCCAAGCAAAGUAUCAGGGCAAAGUGUACAGAAUAUCUUGAUAGAGCAGAAAAACUAAAGGAGUACCUGAAAAAGAAAGAGAAAAAUCCACAGAAACCAGUGAAAGAGGGACAGCCGAGUCCAGCUGACGAGAAGGGGAAUGACAGUGAUGGGGAAGGAGAAUCUGAUGAUCCUGAAAAAAAGAAACUACAGAAUCAACUUCAAGGUGCCAUUGUUAUAGAGCGACCAAAUGUGAAAUGGAGUGAUGUUGCUGGUCUCGAAGGAGCCAAAGAGGCACUUAAAGAGGCUGUGAUAUUGCCUAUUAAAUUCCCUCAUCUUUUUACAGGCAAGAGAACACCUUGGAGGGGAAUUCUGUUAUUUGGGCCACCUGGAACAGGAAAGUCCUAUUUAGCCAAAGCUGUAGCAACAGAAGCAAACAACUCAACAUUUUUUUCAAUAUCUUCCUCUGACCUUGUCUCUAAGUGGCUAGGUGAAAGUGAAAAGCUAGUUAAGAACUUAUUCCAACUUGCUAGAGAGAACAAACCUUCCAUUAUCUUCAUUGAUGAAAUUGAUUCCCUGUGCGGCUCAAGAAGUGAAAAUGAAAGCGAAGCCGCCCGGAGAAUUAAGACGGAGUUCCUAGUUCAAAUGCAAGGCGUUGGUGUAGACAAUGAUGGAAUUUUGGUUCUGGGAGCUACAAAUAUACCGUGGGUUCUGGAUUCUGCCAUUAGAAGAAGAUUUGAGAAACGAAUUUAUAUUCCUUUGCCUGAGGCCCACGCCCGAGCAGCGAUGUUUAAACUGCACCUGGGGACCACUCAGAACAGUCUCACAGAAACAGACUUCCGGGAACUCGGGAAGAAAACGGAUGGUUAUUCGGGGGCGGACAUAAGUAUCAUCGUGCGCGAUGCACUUAUGCAGCCUGUUCGAAAAGUGCAGUCAGCUACUCAUUUUAAAAAGGUGCGCGGACCUUCACGAGCUGAUCCCAACAAGACAGUAGAUGAUCUGCUAACACCCUGUUCUCCUGGUGACCCUGGUGCCAUUGAAAUGACAUGGAUGGAUGUCCCUGGGGAUAAACUUUUGGAGCCAGUUGUUUGCAUGUCGGAUAUGUUACGGUCACUAUCUAACACAAAACCCACAGUCAAUGAACAUGACUUGUUGAAGUUAAAGAAGUUUACAGAAGAUUUUGGCCAAGAAGGCUAAACCAAAGACAACGAAGAAGACAUUUACCAUAUGUCACCUUUUCAGUGAGAGAUUCCCUGGUCAUCCUAUUUAAAAUUGCAAUCCCUCCUGAUGCUCCGUAUACCCAUUCCCUGCUUUAUUUUCCUCUGCAGCACUUACCAUGUAACAUGCUGUAUAGUUUCCUAUUUUCUUACUUGUAAUUUUCUCUGCUAACAUGUAUGUUCUGUGAGAGCUGGGAUUUUCUGGUCUUUCUUUCCUCUCUCUCUCUCUGCUGUAUCUCAGUAUCCGGAACAGUGCCUGGUGUUUGAUGGGUGCUCAAUAAAUAUUU